AUGCCACGCCGCAAGCCCUUCUCCGCCAAGCAGAAGAAAGAGCAGAUGAAGGACAAGCGCGCUGUGAAGCGUGGCGAGCUCGAUCCUUCUGACGUCCGGGUCCCGUCUCACCCCUCCCGAGCCGCGCGCCCCGGCAACUCCAUCGGCGUGAUGUCUACCCGCCGAGCGAACCCCAACGACCCCUCGCACCUCGUCGCGACUCGGCUCCAAAGCAAGUUCACCGCUCUGACCCCGGCAUACCUCGAGCGAACGCGGGACUUGUCGCACUCGAUUCCCCUCCCUCGUCCGCUUCAGACGAGCCACGCUAUCUUCCCGGUAGAAUGGAUGGAGCGGGAUGAGGGACGACUGACCUGCCCUACUCGUCCAAAGUUUAGGUAUGGGCAGACCAAGAAGGAGGUGGAGAGGAAUGAGGAGGGCAUGUUUGCGAGGUGGGUAGCGGGCACGAGGGGGUUUGUGGAGGAGUGGGUGGAAGUGGAGGAGGUGGAGGAUGAAGGGGAUGGGGAGAAGGUGUGGGAGAGGUUGCGGAGUCCGACUUGGUUCGAGACGAAUCUGGAGGUUUGGCGGCAGCUCUGGAGAGUGACAGAAUCAUCACAGAUUCUUCUUCUACUCGCCGAUGCCCGCUGUCCCCCACUCCACCUUCCACCAUCUCUCCGGACAUACGUUCAAUCCCUCAAACCCCGCAAAGAGGUCAUUCUCGUCCUCACCAAGUCCGACCUGGUUGACGCGGACGCGCUCGCAGGAUGGAAAGAAUGGGUCAAGGUGUGGUGGGCGAAAGGAGAUGUGGACGAGCGGGCGGAGCAGGAGGUCCAGGUCGUGGCUGUCCACAGCUACGACACAGAUGCUCUCUACGCAGAUAAGCCAAGACAUAGACCCGAUCUACCCGAAUCGUCCCUCAAAGAACUCAUCGCUGCGCUGCGUACCGCCCACAAGCGGCUUAUGACCCCUCACGAGCGCAUCGUAGCCGACACCGACAAGCUCAAGGAAUGGCGCAGUCCCGUCCGGUCGCAAGUCGACUGGGACCUCCUAGCUCGAGGUCCAGCUUCGGCCUAUCCGCCAGCCAAUGCCGAGCUACCUCCACAGCCGAUCGAGCCUGUCAGGCUACCGGAGCCGGAGGAAGUUGCAGAGGAUGGGGAACGCAUCGAUCGUGACCCGGAAGGAGAGCCGCUCACUAUUGGCUUGAUUGGGCAGCCGAAUGUGGGGAAGUCGUCCUUAUUGAAUGCUGUUCUGGGCGAAAGCAGGGUCAGGGCGAGUAGGCAGCCAGGAAAGACAAAGCACUUCCAGACGCUGUUCUGGGGCUGGAGGAAGGAAGUCAAAGUCGUUGACUGUCCAGGGCUCGUAUGCCCAAGUCUCGUCGGCCUGGAAGUACAGGCUCUGUGCGGUAUCCUACCCAUAUCCCAAAUCCCCUCACUACAUGCCUGCAUCCUCGCAGCGGGCCACCUCCUCCCUCUCGAGACUAUAUUCAGCGUCCCUGCUCCUCCAACAUCGCCGUCAGACGUCUAUGCCGACAAGCGCACGUGGAGAACACCGAAGGCUGAGGACACUGCUAGGGAGCAGAAGAGGGAGAGAUGGACCGCUGGAGGGAUCAUGGAGGCUCGGGCGCUGGAUCGGGGUUAUCUGACCGCAAAAGGAGGGAGACCAGAUGGGAACCGCGCAGCCAACGGCAUGAUGCGCCAACUCGCAGACGGCAAGAUCCGCUGGUGCUUCUUCCCUCCAGGGUGCGAGCUCGACCGGGAAGGCAAAGGAAUCUGGCUCGGCGAUUUCGCGCACGAGGACAAGGACGACAAGGAGGAUGCGGACAGUGCUCCUGGGUCAGAAGAUGAGAAGCAGGUGGCUGCUCCUUCGGAUAGCGAGUCGGAAUUUGACAGUGAGGAUGAUGGGGAGGCUAGCGAGGUGGAGCAGAAGGCGAGGGAGAUUGAUCGUGGUUUCUUUGCUGCGUUGGGGGGCAGCGAUGAUGAUGAGGAUGAGGAUGAGGAGGAAGAGGAGGAGGAUGACGACACUGAGGAGAGUGAGGGGAAGCGAGAGACCGAAGGCAGGACGGCAUAG